GAGUUGCGAGAGAUUCCAGGCAGCAGAAGUGGGGGAGCCGUCGCAGCCGUCGCCACCGCAGCAGCAACAAGCCGCCGCAGCCGCCGGGACCAGCCCCAGCCUCCGCAAGCAGCAGCAGCGCCACCUCCGCACUCGGCAGCCUGCGGGGGCAGAGCCUGGAGGAAGCCCCCUCCGAAAAAUAUACAUAUAUAUUUUUUGCUUCCUUACCAUGCUCCACUGAACCCCGCAUGUGAACUGCCCGGUCCCCCUCACAAGUGCCCCUCUGGCCCUAAACCCCGCGUCCGCCCCGUCCAGAAUGGCUGCGGCCAAGGCAGAGAUGCAGCUGAUGUCCCCGCUGCAGAUCUCCGAUCCCUUCGGCUCCUUCCCUCACUCCCCCACCAUGGACAACUAUCCUAAGCUGGAGGAGAUGAUGCUGCUGAGUUCGGGGGGGCCCCAGUUCCUUGGCGCCGCUGGCGGACCUCCUGAAGGCAGUGGUGGUGGGGGAGGUGGAGGAGGAGGCAGCAGUAGCAGCAGUAGCACGGGUGGUUUCAAUCCCCAAGGGGAAGCCGGCGAGCAGCACUUCGAGCACCUGGCUGCAGACACUUUUCCUGACAUCCCACUGAACGCGGAGAAGGUGCUGUCGGAGACAAGCUACCCUAAUCAGCCCACCCGAUUGCCCCCAAUUACCUACACUGGCCGAUUCUCCUUGGAGCCAGCCCCCAACAGUGGCAACACUCUGUGGCCAGAGCCACUUUUCAGCCUGGUCAGUGGACUUGUGAGCAUGAGCAACCCACCGGCCACCUCUUCAGCAGCCCCAUCUCCAACGGCCUCCUCUGCCUCUUCCUCACAGAGUCCCCCACUGAGCUGUGCAGUCCAAUCCAGUGAGAGUAGCCCCAUCUACUCAGCAGCUCCCACAUUCCCAACUCCCAACUCUGAGAUUUUUCCUGAGCCACAAAGCCAGGCCUUCCCUAACUCAGGCUCAGCUCUCCAGUACCCACCACCUGCUUAUCCCAGCUCUAAGGGCAGCUUCCAGGUGCCCAUAAUCCCAGACUAUCUGUUCCCACAGCAGCAGGGUGAGUUGGGCUUGGUCCCACCAGACCAGAAACCCUUCCCAAGCUUGGAGAGCCGAACCCAGCCUUCCCUCACCCCACUGUCCACCAUCAAGGCUUUUGCCACACAGACUGGCUCCCAAGAUAUGAAGACCCACAACACCACCUAUCAGUCUCAGCUUGUCAAGCCAAGUCGCAUGCGCAAGUACCCUAACAGGCCCAGCAAGACGCCUCCCCAUGAGCGCCCCUACGCCUGCCCUGUGGAGUCCUGUGACAGGCGCUUUUCUCGUUCGGAUGAGCUGACUCGCCAUAUCCGAAUCCACACAGGCCAGAAGCCCUUCCAGUGCCGCAUCUGCAUGAGAAAUUUCAGCCGAAGUGACCACCUCACCACUCACAUCCGUACUCACACUGGAGAGAAGCCCUUUGCCUGUGACAUCUGUGGGAGAAAGUUUGCUCGAAGUGAUGAGCGCAAGAGGCACACAAAGAUUCACCUUCGACAGAAAGAAAAGAAAGCAGACAAGGGUGUCCCAGCCUCUGUGGCAUCUUCUUCCCUCUCUUCAUACCCAUCCCCUGUCACUACCUCCUACCCAUCCCCUGCUACCACUUCCUACCCAUCUCCAGUACCCACCUCCUAUUCUUCUCCUGUGUCAUCAUCCUACCCCUCUCCAGCGCACAGUGGCUUCCCCUCACCCUCUGUGGCUACCACGUACUCCUCUGUCACCCCUGCCUUUCCACCCCAAGGCAUUACCAGCUUCCCCUCCUCAGCCGUCACCAACUCCUUCAGCGCAUCAACAGCGCUUUCGGACAUGACGGCCACAUUUUCUCCCAGGACAAUUGAAAUAUGCUAAAAAAAAAAAAAAAGCAACCAAAAACCCCCUACAUAAGACUCAACUGGGACAGGAGGGGAAGAUGGCCAGGUGGAGGAGGGGAGGACUCUUAUACCUUAAAAGAGUUCUGACCCUGUUCCCCAGUCCCCAAAGUAUGAGUGGGGAAUAUUCACCAAUAACCCUUUCUACCCUGUUUCCCUUUCUCAUCAUCCCUUAUUACCCUCUGACUUCAGCUGCCUGAAACAACCAUGUCCAAGUUCUUCACCUUCUACUCAAAGGACUUGACUUGCAUGGAUUUUGGAUAUAUCAUUUCAGUCUCAUUUCCAUCAUUGCCCUCCCCGUCUUCCCUUUGAUGCUAGAAAAUUGAGUUGGUAAGAUGGGGAAACUGAGCUUUGAAGCUCAGACCCUUUCCUUUUUGCCCCUGUACAGUGUCCGUGCCAUGGAUUUUGUUUUUCUUGGGGUACUCUUGAUGUGAAGACAAUUUGCAUAUUCAUAUUGUAAUUAUUUGGAGUUAGGGCCUCAUUUUGUUUAAGGGGAAAAAAAGACAAAGAAAAAAGUUGAGCAAUGGUGAUUCUUUUUUUUUUGUGAGAUGCUGUGAUGAUGAGUUUGAAGCUUCUUUUUGAAACAGCAAUUUUUAGGUAUUAAUCAGCAUGUGUCAGAGUGUUGUUCCGUUUACUUUGUAAAUAUCAAACCAACUUGUACUCUCACAUGUGGCAAAAAAGGUUGUUUUUCUUUUUCCUUUGGAGGUUCCCCCCCCCCUUAUUUUGUUUUCAAAGUUCCAUGUCUUGGUGCCUUUUUGUGUGAAUGCCUCGCUGACGCCUUGACACGUACAGUUGUGUAAGAAUGAGUAUUAUGCCCACCUCUGGCCUUAAGGGGGUGGGGGAGGCAGGGAAAGACGAUUCCAGGGAGGCUUUGGGAGCAAGAACGGGAAAGAGGGCUGAGCUCCGCUUUCAUUUCUCCGGAAUGUAAGCAGCAAAAAACAAAAACUAAACUAAAUCUGAACUCUCAAAAGUCUAUUUUUGUAACUGAAAAUGUAAAUUUCUAAAUAUAUUCAGGAGUUGGAAUGUUGUAGUUUACCUACUGAGUAGGCAGCGGAUUUUUUGUAUGUUAUGAACAUGCAGUUCAUUAUUUUGUGGUUUUAUUUUUACUUUGUAAUUGUGUUUGCUUAAACAAAGUGACUGUUUGGCUUAUAAAACACAUUGAAUGCGCUUUACUGCCAAUGGGAUAUGUGGUGUAAUAUCCUUCAGAAAAUUAAAAAGAAAAUAAAGAAC